AUGAUCCAAAUUAUCGACGUAAAGGGAAAUACCCGCGAGCGCCGCACUGCCACUCACACCCACAUCAAAGGACUAGGUCUUGGUGAAGAUGGUCAUGCAGAGAAACAAUCUGGAGGGUUUGUCGGUCAAGCUGCCGCGAGAGAGGCAUGUGGUAUCAUCGUCGACCUCAUCCGCACCAAGAAAAUGUCAGGGCGCGCAGUUCUUCUAGCUGGCGGUCCAGGAACCGGGAAAACAGCAUUAGCAUUAGCCGUCAGCCAUGAACUCGGAACAAAGGUGCCUUUCUGUUCAAUGGUCGGUAGCGAAGUAUACUCGACCGAAGUUAAAAAGACAGAGGCGUUGAUGGAGAAUUUCCGUCGUGCUAUUGGUCUACGAAUCCGGGAGACGAAGGACGUAUACGAGGGAGAGGUCACCGAGUUGACACCAGAAGAAGCUGAGAACCCAUUGGGAGCAUACGGCAGAACUAUCAACAGUCUAGUGAUUGGCAUGAAGGCUGGUAGAGGUACGAAGAAGCUACGACUAGAUCCUAGUAUUUACGAGGCUCUACAGAAAGAAAGAGUCACGGUUGGAGAUGUUAUAUACAUCGAACAAAAUACUGGCGCGUGUAAACGUAUCGGCAGAUCAGACGCGUAUGCUACGGAGUUCGAUCUCGAGGCUGAGGAGUACGUGCCGUUACCAAAGGGAGACGUUCAUAAGAAAAAGGAAAUCGUCCAAGAUGUCACUCUACAUGAUUUAGAUCUUGCAAAUGCCAGGCCGCAAGGUGGACAAGAUGUGAUGAGUAUGAUGGGCCAAUUAAUGAAACCCAAAUUAACAGAAAUCACGGAUAAAUUGCGAGAGGAAAUCAACAAAGUCGUCAAUCGAUAUAUUGAUCAGGGUGUUGCCGAACUGGUUCCUGGUGUCCUUUUCAUUGAUGAGGUUCACAUGCUUGACAUUGAAUGCUUCACAUAUCUCAAUCGAGCGCUUGAAUCGAGUAUUUCACCUAUCGUCAUUCUUGCGUCAAACCGUGGUAUGUGUACCAUCCGCGGCACCUCAGAUAUUGUCGCAGCCCACGGUAUCCCUUCCGAUCUUCUCGCUCGCCUUCUUAUAAUCCCUACUCAUGCAUACAACGCGGACGAAAUCGAAAGGAUCAUUCGAAUUCGGGUCAAGGCGGAAAGUUUGAGGAUUACUGAGCCUGCACUCCAGAAGGUUGCUCAACAUGGCGUUCAGACGAGCUUGCGAUAUGCACUUCAGCUGCUGACUCCGGCCAGUAUCUUGGCUCGUGUUAAUGGGAGAGAUAUGAUUGAUGUGGUGGAUGUUGUGGAGUGCGAGAGUUUGUUUAUUGAUGCUAGUAGAAGUGCUGCUAAUGCGCACAAUGAGUUUCUUUCCUAA